GGCAGCCAUGCACAGACUCCAUGGCUGCCUCUCUCGAGCUCCAGACUCCAGUAGCAGCAGCAGCAGCUCUCCUCCUCUCCACUGCUAGUUCGACGAUAUCGAUGGAGGGCACGGUGCUCUGCUCCGCCAACCACGCGCCGCUCACGCCCAUCAGCUUCCUCGAGCGCACCGCGCUCGUGUACCCCGACCGUCUCGCUAUUGUCGCCUCGGAUGGCAGCGCCGGCGUGGCCGUGUCGCGCACCUGGCGGGACACUCGGGCCCGCUGCCUCCGCCUCGCCGCCGCCCUCACCGGCCUCCUCGGCGUCCAGCGCCACGACGUGGUUGCGGUGUUCGCGCAGAACAUUCCUGCUGUUUGCGAGCUCCACUUCGGCGUCCCCAUGGCCGGCGCCGUCAUCUGCACGCUCAACUCGCGCCUCGACGCCGCCAUGGCGGCCGUCCUGCUGCGCCACUCCGAGGCCAAGGUCGUCUUCGUCGACCGCGCUCUGCUCGGCGUCGCCCAGAAAGCCCUCGUGCUCGUCGCCGAAGCCGGAGCCAGGCGUCCCGUCUUGGUUCUCAUCAGCGAGCUCCUCGACGAAAACGAACGAUCACCUCCUGAUGCCAAGAUCAAGGUCACCCGAGUCGAUUACGAGUACGAGCACCUCCUGAGCGCCGCCGCCGCCGGAUCGUCGCCGGACUUCGCGAUCCGGUGGCCGGCCGACGAGAACGAGCCGAUCGCCCUGAACUACACCUCCGGGACGACGUCGAGGCCCAAGGGCGUGAUCUACAGCCACCGCGGCGCGUACCUGAGCAGCCUCGCCGCCGUGAUCGUGAACGCCAUGGCGGAGACGCCGGUGUACCUGUGGACCGUGCCGAUGUUCCACUGCAACGGGUGGUGCCAGGUGUGGGGCGUGGCGGCGCAGGGCGGCACGAACGUGUGCGUCCGCAGGGUGACCGCGGCGGCCAUCUUCGACAGCGUGGCGCGGCACGGCGUGACGCACAUGGGCGGCGCGCCGACGGUGCUGAGCAUGAUCGUGAACGCGACGGCGGACGAGCGGCGGCGGCAGCCGGGCGGGAGGAGGAGGAGGGUGACGGUGAUGACCGGCGGCGCGCCGCCGCCGCCGCAGGUGCUGUUCCGGAUGGAGGAGCAGGGGUUCCUGGUGAUCCACUCGUACGGGCUGACGGAGACGUACGGGCCGGCGACGGUGUGCACGUGGAAGCCGGAGUGGGACGCGCUGACGGCGGAGGAGCGCGCCCGGAUCAAGUCGCGGCAGGGGCUCCACCACGUCGGGCUGGAGGCGGCGGACGUGAAGGACCCGGCGACGAUGCGGAGCGUGCCGGCGGACGGGCGGACGGUCGGGGAGGUGAUGCUCCGGGGGAACACGGUGAUGAGCGGGUACUACAAGGACGGCGGCGCGACGGCGGAGGCGCUCGCCGGCGGGUGGCUCCGGUCGGGCGACCUGGCGGUGCGGGAGGAGGACGGGUACAUCAAGAUCCUGGACCGGUCCAAGGACAUCAUCAUCUCCGGCGGGGAGAACAUCAGCACGGUCGAGGUGGAGGCGGCGCUGUUCGGGCACCCGGCGGUGGAGGAGGCGGCGGUGGUGGGGCGGCCGGACGAGUACUGGGGCGAGACGCCGUGCGCGUUCGUGAAGCUGAGAGGAGGAGGAGGAGGAGGAGGAGGCGGCGCGGCGGUGGAGGAGGAGCUGAUGGCGUUCUGCCGCGCGCGGCUGCCGCGAUACAUGGCGCCGCGGACGGUGGUGGUGGUGGAGGAGGAGCUUCCGAAGACGGCGACGGGGAAGGUGCAGAAGGUGGCGCUGCGGGAGCGGGCCAAGGCCAUGGGCAGCCUCCCCGCCGCCGCCUCUUCCUCCUCCAGGCGCGCACCCACAGGGACAGCUGGGUCUGGGAGAAGCAAGCUCUGAACCGAGUUUCUCAAUCGUAACUGCUGCUGCGAGAAUGCGACUACGAUGUUGCAACCAGUUAACGCAAUAUUGGCAGUCGAUUCUAAUCAGGGUGGAUGUACAUCCAUUUAUUACAUGACAAAUAAAUAAUUAUGAAAAAAUUUGUCAUAUAUUAUUGACAAGAUCACCUCUACAAACUACUUGUAGUUUAAAUUUGAUUUCUACAUGUUAUAUCAAAUUCAACUGUGAAUAUACGUAUGUGAAUAUACGUAUAAUAAUUAGAGUUAAA